AUGGGAUCAUCCUCCGGUAUCCUGAUUCAAGAGACACCAGGGUUCAUCUUGCCAGAGAAGAGGAUCCUGACCCAACAUGUGUUCGUCAGCUUGGACCCAAGAUUUCCAUCAAGAAGGUGUACAACAUUUCAUCGAUGCAGCUUCCUAAGUUACAAACAUGGUACCAGAUGCACCUCCAAAGAGCACAGGACCGUGUGCAAAACAUCUUGGAGCAAGCUCGGAAACCCUUGGUAUCCAGUACUAUUUCAAUGAGAAACCGACCCAAAAGGUUCCUCACUGCUAUAAUUGUUGCAUUAGUUUGUGCCACUGUUGGUGCAGUUGUCGCAACUGGAAUGUCUGCAGCCAACUCUAUUACUGUCCAAAAGCUGGAUAUGGAAAUCUAA